CAUGAGUCUGACACCGGAGCUGUAUCCGUCCUCCUACCGCCGCCUGUACGGGGAGGCCCCCCGGGCCACCGCCCGCUACUCGGUCACCUCCAGCCGCAGCGGCGGCGGCUUCAGGUCCCAGUCGGUGCCCCGGGGCGGCCUGCUGUCGGUGCCGUCCCCGGCCGUGUACCGGCGCUCCGCCGACCUGGAGCUGCUGCAGGGCUCGGGCCUGGGCAACGAGUUCCGCAUCACCCGCACCAACGAGAAGGAGCAGCUGCAGGGCCUCAACGACCGCUUCGCCGUCUACAUCGACAAGGUGCGCGGCCUGGAGCAGCAGAACCGAGCGCUGGAGGCCGAGCUGGGCGUGCUCCGGCAGCGCCAGGCCGAGCCCAGCCGCCUGGCCGAGCUCUACGAGCAGGAGAUGAGGGAGCUGAGGGCCCAGGUGGACGAGCUGAGCUCCGGCCGCUGCCAGGCGCUGCUGGACCGGGACAGCCUGGAGCAGGAGCUGCAGCAGCUCCGCCAGCGGCUGGAGGAGGAGCAGCGGGGCCGCGAGGAGGCCGAGGCCACCGCCCGGGCCUACCGCAAGGACGUGGACGGGGCGACGCUGGCCCGCCUGGAGCUGGAGAAGAAGCUGCAGGCGCUCGCCGACGAGCUGGGCUUCGUGCGGAAGCUGCACGACCAGGAGCUGGAGGAGCUGCGGGGCCUGCUGCACGCCGCCCAGCUGCAGGCCGAGGUGGAGCUCGACACCGCCAAGCCCGACCUGACCGCCGCCCUGCGGGACAUCCGCGCCGAGUACGAGAGCCUGGCGGCCCGCAACACGCAGUCGGCCGAGGACUGGUACCGCAGCAAGUUCGCCGACAUGAGCGAGGCCGCGGCCAAGAACAACGAGGCGCUGCGGGCCAACCGCGAGGAGCUCAGCGAGUACCGCCGCCAGCUCCAGUCCCGCACCAUCGAGGUGGAGGCGGUCAGAGGCACCAACCAGAGCCUGGAGAGACAGCUCCGGGAGAUGGAGGAGCAGCACAGCGCCGAGGUGGCGGGCUACCAGGACACAAUUGGGCAUUUGGAGGAUGAGCUAAGGAACACCAAGACUGAGAUGGCUCGACACCUGAGGGAAUAUCAAGAUCUUCUGAAUGUGAAGAUGGCUUUGGACAUUGAGAUUGCUGCUUACCGGAAGUUGCUGGAAGGUGAAGAAACCAGGCUGAGCACCAGUAUUACCAACCUGCUACCUACCAACACAAACCCAGCGCUAAUGGUUCCAACUCAACCACGAUUCUCCACUACAACCACCACCAGCAUUGUCUCCUCCAAGAAAGAGCUGAAGGAAGAGGGACCCAAAAUGUCAACAAAACCCUCUAAGCAAAAAGCAGAGGCUUACGAGGAGAUAAUUGAAGAAACCAUUGUGUCCACCAAGAAGGUCGAGCGAGAGGAUCAGAAUGCAAGUAGCCAGAAAACUGAAGUCACCAACCCUCCAAAAUAAAUCACUGAACACUCUUAAGUGUUUCUGCCCUUCCCUCCACCUGAGAUAGAUGGACACCAAUUACGUUGAUGGUAGAAUUCCUUAACAGAGCCUCAGAAAUGACCACCAAGAACGGGUGGAUUUCUGUCUGAAGCCCCAAUUUAUAGAAUCCAAUCUAGUCCUACCACUCCCUUGACACCUAGUAUCCAAACCACACAUUUCGUGAGUGACUACAUUUAUUUGUCCAAUAUUUCACUGAAAUACAGGAAGCAUCGGAUUCUUUCCUGUCCUAUACUUUCUGGACAGAAGGAAUGCCACUUACUUCUGUACAUCAAAAGGAAGAGGGUAUAAGUAACUAACUCCAAGCAAGGGAUCCCAGUGCUGGCUUGUCUCUCUCCAAUUAAUAUAAGCACAGAAUUACUGCCAUCAGAUUGGCCUGUCCUGAGUGUAGUUCAUUCUGUUCAUGUUGUCUAGGAAUUCACUGCAUGUGUCUCAAUGUCUGCAUGUUCUUCACUCUGCUCAUCACAACAGAUUCUCACUUUCCACUGGGAUGUUGUUCACACAAAUGUACUGCCUUAAUGAGCCCAGCAGUCAUCCAGAUGGAGUGUCAGUGGAAUUUGAGAUACUGUUCAGGAAGUAGAAUUAAAUGUUAGAAUGUGUUUGUGUAAAUGUGAAAGUUAAAGGGUGGAGGGUGACACCUUUCAUGUUACUGGAUCUCACUAUCAGUAAAUUGUUUCACUUAUAUUCUGAUGUCUAGAUUUGUGUAAAUAAACCAAGAA